AUGUCUGGUAACAAGACUUUCAUCGUCGAGCAUCUCGAUCCUGAGCUCGAACAGUGGUCGGCUCUCGAAUACAAGUGCAUCGCCAGAGAGACUGCAGCCUCAGGAUCCGCCUUUUACCUCACAUCUGUUCCGCAUGAGCUUCAACUACCCGAAUCUCUCAAGAACGUCUCUGAAUUGAAUGUGGAACACCGUGGCAUUGAGGAGAUCUAUGCAGACAAGAAGGACCGCGUCUGCUUGCUCGAUCCCGCAGCGACAAAGGAACUUAGUCCUGAGGAUGGCGACAACUUCGACAUCUUCCUCUUCGGUGGUAUCCUUGGAGACGAUCCACCUAGAGACCGUACUUCGGAGCUUCGAAAGAAGGGUUACCAAGGACGUCGUUUGGGACCAGUCCAGAUGACUACCGAUACAGCAGUGCGUACCACUAGAAUUGUGGUCCAAGAUCGCAUCGAGCUGGAGAACAUCAAAUACGUUGAUCACCCGGAGAUCAAGGUUGACGAGCAUGAGAGCACUGAGAUGCCUUUCCGCUAUGUGCUCGACAAGGAUGGUAACCCCAUCUUCCCUGAUAAGGAUUCGGAGCGUGGUAUUGAUGACCUGCUGUAG